AUGUUUUCCACCUCUAUUCCUGCCUUUGACGAGACCGACGUUGUCUUUGAUGUCCGCAACUCCUCGCGGAUCAUCUCGCUUAACCGCCCAAAGAAGCUCAACUCGUUGAACCACUCUAUGACCUCCAAGAUCAUCCCUCGUUUGCUUGAAUACGGCCACUCCGCUGCCGCUUCCACCGUGAUUAUCGACACCAAGUCCCCAAAGGCAUUCUGUGCCGGCGGUGACGUUGUCGCGUGUGCCACGGCCAACGCUGCUGGCGACUUUGCCUCCACCACCGGUUUCUUUCAGAACGAGUACUACUUGAACUACCUCUUGGCCACGUUCAACAAGCCAAUCAUCGCUUACAUGAACGGGAUCACCAUGGGCGGUGGUGUUGGCUUGUCCGCACACGUUCCCUUCCGAAUCGCCACGGAAAAGACCAUGUUUGCCAUGCCAGAGAUGGACAUUGGUUUGUUCCCAGACGUCGGGACCACCUUCUUCUUACCACGCAUGGAUGGUAAAUUGGGCUACUACCUCGCCAUGACUGGUGACCGUUUGAACGGCUUUGACAAUUUGGCUGCCGGUACUGCCACCCAUUACGUGCCAUCCGCACAAUUGGAGAGAUUGACCCAGAGAUUGACCCAGUUGGAACACAACAAGGCCACCUUCAACAAGCCGGAGGAGUUUUUCCAGGUUGUAAACCAGGCCAUCGAGGACUUUGCCGAGCCAAUCCCGGCCGACUACCAGUUUGUCUACACCAACGAGCAGAGAGACUUGAUCGACAGAGCCUUUUCCCAGGCCACAUUUGACGACGUACUUGCCUACUUGAUUGAAGAUGGUUCCGAGUUCGCCCAAACCACCUUGCAGAAGCUCCAGACCAAGUCACCAUUGUCGCUUAAGGUCACCUUCGAAAUGUUGAACAAGGGUGCCGUCUCUACCAUCCACAAGACCCUCCAGAGAGAGUUGCAAGCCGGCGAGAAUUUCAUGAUGGAUUCCGAUUUCACCGAGGGUGUCACCGCCAAAUUAAUCAAUAAGACCACCCCUCACUGGAAGCACGCAUCCGUUGCCGACGUCACCGCCGCCGAGGUUGCCCGAUUCUUCACCAAGCCGGAAAACUCUAUUGUCAACAAGGAUUCGCUCCCAUUGUACGAGAACCGUGACUUUGACCAGUACCCAUACAAUAUGGGCUUGCCGACCGAGAUUGAGAUCCAAAAGUACAUCAACGGUAGCGACGGUUCUGGCAGGAAGUACUUGCCGACCCCGAAGGAGGUCAAGACCAAGUUCUUGAACCACUACAGAAACAAAGCCGGUGUCGCCUGGAAGGUUGACAAUGUCUUGGCGAGAAAGUGCGUGCCGAGCCAGGAGAACCAGGAGUACGUCCAGUGGAAGUUGUAA